GAAAGCGCUUAGCAGUGAGCGGCUACCAGCAGCAGCUCUCCCUUCCUCCUCCAGCACCAGUCCCAGUAAAACAAGCUGGACAUCGGUGGCUUUGGCUGGGUUCUACUGGGUCUGAGGACGGGCCGAACCGAGCCUCUAAUGGAGCACCAAGCUAGCAGCUCGGGUAGCUAGGCUAGGCUAUAAUCCCCUAGCAGCGACUCCUCUGAAUGAACCAUAGCUUCCCCCAUGGUGGAGGAGCAGGAGCUGCCUGGGGAGUUUAGGAGCUGCCGGGGGGAGCCGCUCUGCGCCCCGCCAGCCGCCCGGCUUCAUCCCCCUAACCCUGACCCGUCCUGGGAUGUGUUAGCAUGCUAGCUGAUGCUACACGGUUCAGCACCAGGAUCCACUUCUCCUGCAGGGACUCCAACAUGGCAGGACGCAGUGAAGAUGAAAGUGUCAGCAACAGCAACGGAGAGUCCAGUAAUUCUGAUGAGGAGUCCGGUUCUGGAUCUGGUUCUGGUUCUGGUUCAGACUCCGGCUCCAGUUCCAGCUCCUCCAGCAGCAGCAGCCAAUCGGAGAGCAGCGACUCAGGAAGCGGCUCUGACUCUGGGAGUCAGUCCGAGUCAGAGACGGAGAAAUCCACUGAGAAGACGGAGGCCCCCAGGAAGCCGAACAUUGACGGGGCCGAGUUCUGGAAGUCCAACCCCAGCAUCCUGGCGGUGCAGAGAUCAGCGAUGCUCAGGAAGCAGCAGCAGCAGCAGCAGCAGAGACGAGGCUCCUCCCACAGCGGGUCAGACGAGGACUCUUCCAGUAGUGAUGAAUCGGACACCUCGAGCGGAUCCAAGAAGAGAGGGAAUUCUGGCUCGUCCAACUCUGGAUCGGGUUCUGGGAGUGAUUCCGGCUCAGACUCUUCAGCAGAAGAAAACAGCAAUGAAACUGCAUCUGACUAUGAGCCGAGUCUGAAAUUUAAGAGCAGAAAACCUCCGACCAAGAUGAACUCCAGAAAUGGAACGAAGAGCAUGGGUCAGAGGAAGAAAUCCCAGAAAUGUUCCUCCUCUGAGGAUGAAAAUAACUUUUCCAAAGUGGCGAGCGGCGGGCCGCGGCGGCAGGCCACGGUCAACGUCAGCUACAAGGAGGCUGAUGAGAUGAACACAGACUCUGAUGAUCUGGUGGAGGUGCUGGGUGAAGAUGUUCCUUUGCCUGAGGAGGAGGAGUUUGAAACCAUUGAGAGAGUGAUGGAAAGCAGGCUGGGAAGAAAACGAGCUACAGGCAGUGCUACCACCGUGUACGCCGUAGAGGCCGACGGAGACCCCAACGCCAACUUUGAUCCCAGCAAGGAGGCCGGCGAGGUCCAGUAUCUGAUCAAGUGGAAGAACUGGGCGCACAUCCACAACACCUGGGAGACUGAAGAAACACUAAAGCUCCAGAAUGUGAGGGGCAUGAAGAAGCUGGAGAACUUCAAGAAGAAGGAGCAGGAGAAGAGGAAAUGGUUAAAGGCAGCAUCGCCAGAAGACAGAGAAUAUUUCAACUGUCAGGAGGAGCUGAUGGACGACCUGCACUCUCAGUACCGGCUGGUGGAGCGGAUCCUAGGACACUCCAACCAGAAGUCAGCUGCCGGUUACCCAGACUACCUCUGCAAGUGGCAGGGCUUACCGUACUCUGAGUGCAGCUGGGAGGACGGCGCCCUGAUCGCCAAAAAGUUCCAGAAAUGCAUCGACGACUACAUGAGCAGGAACCAGUCCAAGACCAUCCCCUCCAGAGACUUCAAGCUGAUGAAGCAGAGGCCGCGGUUCGUAGCGAUGAAGAAGCAGCCAGCUUACAUCGGAGGAGAAGGCCUGGAGCUCAGAGACUACCAGCUGGAUGGGUUGAACUGGAUGGCCCACUCCUGGAGCAAAGGCAACAGCUGCAUCCUGGCUGAUGAGAUGGGCCUAGGGAAGACCAUCCAGACCAUCUCCUUCCUAAACUACCUGUUCCAUGAGCACCAGCUCUACGGGCCCUUCCUCCUGGUGGUGCCGCUGUCCACUCUGACCUCCUGGCAGAGGGAGAUCCUGCUCUGGGCUCCAAAGAUGAAUGUUGUUGUUUACCUCGGCGACAUCAGCAGCAGGAACAUGAUCCGAACACAUGAGUGGAUGCACGUCCACAACAAGAGGCUGAAAUUCAACAUCCUCCUCACAACAUAUGAAAUUCUUCUAAAAGACAAGUCCUUCUUAGGCGGCGUUAACUGGGCCUUCAUCGGGGUGGAUGAAGCUCACAGGCUGAAGAACGACGACUCUCUUCUCUACAAAACCAUGAUCGACUUUAAGUCCAGCCACAGGCUGCUGAUCACAGGAACGCCUCUGCAGAACUCGCUCAAAGAGCUCUGGUCCCUGCUGCACUUCAUCAUGCCUGAAAAGUUUCACUCCUGGGAGAUGUUUGAGGAGGAGCAUGGCAAAGGACGAGACUCUGGAUACACCAGCCUCCACAAAGAGCUGGAGCCCUUCUUGCUGCGCCGCGUCAAGAAGGAUGUGGAGAAGUCUCUGCCAGCUAAAGUGGAGCAGAUCCUCCGGGUGGAGAUGAGCGCCAUCCAGAAGCAGUACUACAAGUGGAUUCUGACCAGGAACUACAAGGCUCUGAGCAAAGGCACCAAAGGCAGCACGUCUGGCUUCCUGAACAUCAUGAUGGAGCUGAAGAAGUGCUGCAAUCACUGUUACCUCAUCAAACCUCCCGAUGACAAUGAAGCUCUCAACAAAACUGAAGCGUUACAGCAACUAAUCCGCAGCAGCGGGAAGCUGGUGCUUCUGGACAAACUGCUGGUUCGUCUGAAGGAGCGAGGCCACAGAGUCCUCAUCUUCUCCCAGAUGGUCCGGAUGCUGGACAUUCUGGCUGACUAUCUGAAGAGCAAGAAUUUCUACUUCCAGCGAUUAGACGGCUCCAUCAAAGGAGAGAUGCGGAAGCAAGCUCUGGAUCAUUUUAACGCCGAGGGUUCAGAGGACUUCUGCUUCCUGUUAUCUACACGUGCCGGUGGACUGGGUAUCAAUCUAGCAUCGGCUGAUACAGUGGUGAUCUUUGACUCUGAUUGGAACCCACAGAAUGACCUGCAAGCUCAGGCCAGAGCCCACCGGAUUGGUCAGAAGAGACAGGUAAAUAUCUAUCGGCUGGUGACAAAAAGCUCAGUGGAAGAAGAUAUCAUUGAGAGGGCCAAAAAGAAAAUGGUGUUAGACCACCUGGUCAUUCAAAGGAUGGACACCACCGGAAAAACUGUCCUUCAUACGGGAGCUGCACCCUCAAGCUCUGCACCGUUCAGCAAAGAGGAACUGUCGGCCAUCCUGAAGUUUGGAGCUGAAGAGCUGUUCAAAGAGCCAGAAGGUGAAGAGCAGGAACCUCAGGAGAUGGACAUCGAUGAGAUCCUGAAAAGAGCAGAGACCAGGGAGAACGAUCCGGGACCGUCCACCGUAGGAGAGGAGCUGCUGUCUCAGUUCAAGGUCGCCAACUUCUCCAUGAUGGAUGAUGAAGACCUGGAUAUCGACUCUGAGCGAAGUCAGCGGAGCUGGGAUGACAUCAUACCCGAAGAACAGAGGAGGAGGAUGGAGGAGGAGGAGAGACAGAAGGAGCUGGAAGAGAUUUACAUGCUACCACGCAUGAGGAACUGUGCCAAGCAGAUAAGCUUCAACUCUGACAGACGGCAGAGCAGGAACAGGAGAUAUUCAGGCUCGGACAGCGACUCCAACUCAGACCGAAAGAGACCAAAGAAACGCGGGCGACCCCGGACCAUUCCACGGGAAAACAUCAAAGGUUUUACAGACGCAGAGAUCCGCAGGUUUGUGAAGAGUUACAAGAAGUUUGGAGGCCCUCUGGAAAGGCUGGACGCCAUCGCCCGCGAUGCUGAGCUGGUGGAUAAAUCGGAACAUGACCUGAAACGCCUGGCAGAGACUGUCCAUAACGGAUGUCUGAGGACACUACGUGAAAACCCCUGUGGUCCAGAAAAGGCGUCAGCAGGAAGACGAGGAAAAGUUAAAGGUCCGACGUUCCGGAUCUCUGGGGUCCAGGUGAACGCCAAGCUGGUCAUCUCCCAUGAAGAGGAACUGGCUCCUCUUCAUAAGGCCAUCCCCGCCGACCCUGAGGAGAGAAAGAAGUACAUGAUCCCGUGUCACUCCAAGGCGGCGCACUUUGACAUCGACUGGGGGAAGGAGGACGACUCCAGUCUGCUGAUUGGGAUCUAUGAAUACGGUUACGGCAGCUGGGAGAUGAUCAAGAUGGACCCCGACCUCAACCUCACACACAAGCUGUUACCAGAUGAUCCUGACAAGAAGCCGCAGGCCAAACAGCUCCAAGCCAGAGCCGACUACCUCAUCAAGCUACUGAGCAAGGACCUGGCCAAGAAGGAGGCCCAGAAGCAGGCUGGAGCGGCUAACUCACGCAAGAGGAAACCCAGGAGGAAACUCAGCAAAGCUCAGAAAUCAGGAAAGGGCGAGGAAGCCAUGAAGAGCCCGUCUUCAGACCUGACGUCAGACAAGAGGUCCGAGGAUGAGAACGAGUUUGACCUGGAAAAGAAGAUGGCAGGAAAGGCUGCGAGCAAACGCAGUCAGGGAGAGGAGGAGGAGGAGCAUCAGCACGACGCUUCCUCAUCAGAAGAGAAGGAUGACAAAGAGAGGGAGGAGAAGAAGGAGAAGGCUGACGGCUGUGACCUGAAGGACAGGAGAGAAAUGAAGCUUUUUGAUCCCGUUCAGAAACAGGAGGACGACGAAGAGAAGAUCGAAGUAAAGACUGAGGUACGAGAUCGGACCAAGAAGGCGUCCAGCGCUCCCAGCGCUGCGGAGAGCCUGUCUGUGUGCGAGGAGGCCGAGGAGCUGGACCAGAGGACCUUCAGCGUGUGUAAGGAGAGGAUGCGGCCGGUAAAAGCGGCCUUGAAGCAGCUGGACCGACCGGAGAAAGGCCUGUCGGAGCGCGAGCAGCUGGAGCACACCAGGCAGUGCCUGAUAAAGAUUGGAGACCACAUCACCCAAUGUCUGAAGGAGUACUCUCACCCCGACCACAUCAAGCAGUGGAGAAAGAACCUCUGGAUCUUUGUCUCCAAGUUCACAGAGUUUGAUGCAAGAAAACUCCACAAACUCUACAAACACGCCAUCAAGAAGAGACACGAGAACGUCCAGGCCGUGGAGCAGAACACUAGAAGCGCUCAAAGCUACAAGCAUGCAGAUGUUGAACGGCUGAAGGACAGCGUCCACCAGGACGACAGCAGCAGAGACAGCUACAGCUCUGAGCGCCAUCCGCCGUCCGGACGCCACCAUCACCACCACCAUGACGGCGGCAGAGAGUCCCACAGGAAGGGCGGCGGAGAAUCCAGGAAGAGAGCCUACUCCUCCUUCAGCAACGGGAAGGACCACCGUGACCACUACAGAGGCGACAGAUACGACGGUAAACACAGGAAGCUGGAAGAGCAGCGGAGCAGCAGGGAACACCGGCCAGACGGGAAGGAAGACUAUCGCUCUGCCUACCACUACCACUCAGACUGGCUGAGCGAUCAGCGAGGCGCCGCCGCCGUUCGCUCUCCUCGAGACGAACGCUCUCCCUGUGACUCUCCCUUCGACUACUCCUCAGACCAUAAGAGCACGCCGGAGCAGAUGUGGAGCAGCAGGAAGACAUAGCAGGAGCUGCUCCGCUCCUCCCAUCAGCCUCAGCUGCCAGGGCCGCCGCCAUGAACUCCGGGUGCGUUGGCGGCGGGCGGGCGGACGGGACCGGCCGAGCCGUGGCGCCGCCUCCGGGUCCCACACUGGAUCUCCCCUUAGUGCUGCUCUGUGUUCAGGCUUACUGUGACGGUCUGGACUCAGGCUCUCCUGCAGUACCUCAUAUCCAACCUUUCUGUUUCCCACCAGCAGUUUUGUAAAUUGUUUGAUAAGAUAAAUAGAAAAUGGAACCUGGAUUUUUUUACUUCAAAUAAUGCUUUUGUACAUAUUAUUUUUUUAUGUUGUGUAAAAUAGUGAAUCAGUGGACCGUUUCCUCAGGCUUCUUAUGAUGACUCCACUCUGAACUCAGGCAUCGUUUCCUUUUGUCUCAUGAAUUAAUCUCAGAAUGUAUUUUUAAUGAAAGCUUCAUGUUUUUCACUACUGCAAACCUCUAGUGGUGAAAUAAAGGUGAAUCAGACGUUGUUGUUUAGCCGGAUGGGCUUUUUAAUUGUAGGCAAUAAUGUGGAGGUGUCUAUGCAGCCAGCCACCAACUGAAGGAAGUCACUGUUGAUAAACUACGUUUCUUCUAUAUUUCCAAAGGAAUUUACACUGAAAGUGCAUGGCUUUUUAUGGGCUGUUUUAUAUAGUUGUUAAUAAAUCAUUAAAAUGGUCAGCGUACUCACAUCA